AAUGUACCCUGCCUAAGCCAUUGCAAAAAUUGCCGCGAGUUUGUUGAAAGAAAAAAACGCGAUUAAAUUUUUCUGUUUGUGUUUAAAUAGUGAAAUAGAAAUGCAACAAUUUACGCACAAAGAAAACUUUCUUAUAGCCAAUACCCUCAACUGUAUACCAUUACUAUUGCAAGGACAAUCAGUGUUAAUAGAUUUACGCAAUGAUUGCUCCGUAGCCGGACGCAUUGACAAUGUUGAUGGUCAUAUGAACAUUAAUCUAAUAGAAGUGGUUUUUAUCAAUCGUUUGGGACAACAGUUUCCUUUUGAAGAGUUUAUGAUAAGAGAACGUAUGAUACGACAACUACACAUACCCCGACAUGUGGAUAUGGCCAAAGAAAUCAAAGAAUGGUGUGAGCAGGGCUGUCUAAAGAGGCCGCCAAGAACGAGGGACUCAAACAAAGGCAAAAGAACCUUUAAACAGAAGAGAGCACAAGAAAGACAUCGUGAAAUAUUGCAGAGUAUUGAAGAAUCUAAACAACAACAAGAUAUAAAAGCUGGCGAACUUAAUACUAUAUAGAGAGGAAAUCGUUUAAAAAAUAUCCAAAUAUAUAAACAAACAUGGAUAUAAGCUCAAAACCAAAAAGAACAUUUUUUAGCAGUUGAUAGAGUUUUUUGUUUUCGAAACGAAACUCAUUCCCCUCUCAGAAUAAAGUCUACAAGAAAAUAGUAAAAAAACUAAUUACUUUUAUUAAAUAAAAUAAAAUUUUUUUAGUGAAAAA